UCUCUUGAUUUACACACUAGCGUCURGUCCAGCACAAUGGUAGAGAUGGGAGAGACAAAAAAGUCUGCGGAGUAUCGAUUGUGGUAGUGGGUCGCAACACGGAAUCAAAUCUGUUUAUUUUAUCCAAAAACUCUCGCAAAAACCAACUUGUACAACUCGUUGUUGGAUUCCAUGGAAUCACACUCCCCAAUCAACCACCACCUCUCACCCAUUUUCCUUCAUCUUUUUGCGCUUUGGAAAUCUCUGCAUCCAUAAAACCACAGCCCCUCUUCCAUUUUCCGACGAUAUGACCGAGCCGGACGCCGAUCACCCAUCUGGAUUUUGCCCCAAGUCCGGUAACCGGCCGCCCAGUGCCGACGACAGGACCCCACUUAUGGAUUUCGAUCUGGACUUGGACAUUUCUUGGCCCUUGGAUCAAAUCCAUUCGUUUGCUUCCAACCCCAUGUCCCCCUUUUUGAUUUCCACCUCCGAUCAUCUUGGUUCCCCUCUUUGGGCCUUCUCCGAAGCUGAUGAUGACCAUGAUUCCAAGUUCGUUAACGACGCUUGCUCUGUUCUCGGUACUUCCAAUUCGAAUUCUGUAGCGCAAAAGCCAACUGAGAACCACAAGUUUAAGAUUCUUCCAGUUCCAUCUUCGUCGUGGGGACUAACGCCAUCGGAGAAUCCAGAUGGUUAUUGCCUAAUUAAAGAGAAAAUGGCACAAGCCCUUCGGUACAUAAAAGAAUCGUCUGACCAGCAUGUUCUAGCUCAGGUUUGGGCACCCAUUAAGAGAGAUGGGAAGGUUGUCCUUUCUACUUACGGGCAACCGUUUGUCCUUGAUACACAGAGCAAUGGACUUCAUCAGUAUAGGAUGGUCUCUUUGAUGUUUAUGUUUUCUCUGGACACCGACCCAGAUGGAUAUCUCGGACUCCCUGGUCGUGUUUAUCAACAAAAAUUGCCUGAAUGGACUCCAAAUGUKCAGUAUUACUCGAGCAAGGAGUAUCCACGACUUAGUCAUGCUCUUCACUACAAUGUUCAGGGGACCUUGGCUUUGCCUGUUUUCGACCCUUCCGGGCAGUCUUGUCUUGGUGUUCUCGAGCUAAUCAUGACCUCACCGAAGAUCAAUUAUGCACCGGAGGUGGACAAAAUCUGCAAGGCUCUUGAGGCUGUCAAUCUUAAAAGUUCUGAGAUUUUGGAUCGUGCGAAUAACCAGAUUUGCAACGAAGGUCGACAGAAUGCGCUUGCUGAAAUUUUGGAGGUACUCACAGUUGUAUGCGAAACUCAUAACUUACCAUUGGCUCAAACCUGGGUUCCAUGCAGGCAUCGUAACGUACUCGCCUAUGGUGGAGGUUUCAAGAAAAACUGUACUACCUUUGAUGGUAGUUGCAUGGGACGAAUUUGUAUGUCUGCAACUGAGGUAGCGUUCUAUGUUGUCGAUGCUCACAUGUGGGGUUUUCGAGAGGCGUGUUUAGAACAUCAUUUGCAAAAAGGUCAAGGGGUUUCUGGGAGAGCGUUUUCAUCCCACAGCUCAUGUUUUUGUGGAGAUAUCACCCAAUUCUGCAAGACUGAAUACCCUUUGGUACACUAUGCACUCAUGUUCGGAUUAAAGAGCUGUUUUUCGAUCUGCUUACGGAGCACGUUUACUGGAGAUGAUGAGUACAUUCUAGAGUUUUUUCUGCCGCCAAGCAUUGUUGAUUAUCAGGAACAGAAGAAUUUGUUGGGUGCACUAAUGGCAACGAUGAAGCAGCAUUUCUACACUCUCAAAGUUGCUUCUGGAAUCAACCUUGAGGAGGAGGAAGGACUUGUCGAGGUCAUUCAAGCAUCGGGAAAUGAAGGGUUCGAGUCUAGACUCGAAUACAUUCAAAUUCCCCAACCUAUGGAGUUGCCACCCAAGACUGAUGCCAUGGCAAAUGCAGGAGAGAUAGCUGCAUCAGAACCAUUGAAACAGCAAUCUUUUGUGGUUGGUGAUGCCGCAAAGGACGAAAACAAUUCCGCUCGGGAGGGGGAAAACCACAACCCUGUUCCUUGUCCACAGAAUAAGGAAGUAAAAAAGCCAUCUGAAAGGAAACGUGGCAAAGCCGAGAAAUCAAUCAGUCUGGAGGUUUUACAACAAUAUUUUGCUGGCAGUCUUAAGGAUGCUGCUAAAAGCCUCGGCGUUUGUCCUACAACGAUGAAGCGGAUCUGUAGACAACACGGGAUCUCACGGUGGCCAUCUCGGAAGAUCAACAAGGUCAAUCGCUCUCUUUCAAAGCUAAAACGCGUGAUUGAAUCUGUGCAAGGGGCUGAAGGAGCAUUUGGAAUAUCUUCUCUGGCUACAAGUCCAAUUCCUGUUACUGUUAGUUCGAGUUCUCAUCCUCUAACUCCGGAUGGGUCUAAUCAGCAGAACUUUGCUGCUUCUCAACCCUCUGAUCCUCAACAUAAAGAAACAAACACCUCAGAAACACAGACAUAUGACACACGAGCUAGAUUGGAUGAUCAAUUACACAGGGGUGUGUUGAGUCCGGAAGAACUGAUUCAUGAGCAGAACGGAUUUUUGCCGAAGUUUGCAAAUGGCUUAAACAAUUAUAGAACAGGGAGUGGAUCACGGGAAGGGAGCAUUGGGACGCCUACUUCUCACGGUUCGUGCCAAGGUAGUCCUGCAAACGACAGUGCAGCAGUAGCGAACAAUCCGCUUUCUAUUCCCCACCAAGAACAAUGUGUAAGAAGAGAAUCUCCUGAAGUAACGUUGCAUCCAAUGGAUAGACUGAACAUAUUGGCGCCCGCUUGUCCCAUCCCGGAUACACUCGCGAUGGUUGAGGCCGAGGAACCAUUUGGAGGAAUGCUGAUCGAGGAUGCAGGAAGUUCCAAGGACCUAAAAAAUCUUUGUGCUUCUGUCGGUGAUGCUGUCCUCGACGAGCAAAUACUCGAAUUUUCUUGGCCCAACCCUCCUGAUAAUCAAGCUCUGAAACAACCGAUGGACUCUACUAUUUGUCACACAGUUCCUCAUAUAUCAGUUAGGCAAGAGCCAAGGAGGAUGACAAUCAAGGCCACUUAUAAGGAAGAUAUUAUUCGGUUUCGGAUUCCCUUGAGUUCCGGUAUUGUCGAGUUAAGAGAAGAAGUGGCAAAGAGACUGAAGUUGGAGGUCGGUACGUUUGAUAUCAAAUACAUGGACGACGAUCGAGAAUGGGUUCUCAUUGCUUGCGAUGCAGACCUACAAGAGUGUGUAGAUAUCUCAAGAUCAUCAGGUAGCAAUAUAAUAAGAUUGUUGGUUCAUGAUUUAACUGUUAAUCUUGGGAGUUCUUGUGAGAGUACCGGGGAGUGAGGGUCGGGUUGUAGAUAUCGAAAAAUCCGUCGACAUCUCCUCUCAUUAUAUAUUGUAUUAGCAGUACUAGGAAGUGAAGAUUUAGAUCUAGGUAUUGAUAUUAUUUGCUCAAACUGUAUACAAUUUUUCCUGUGAAUUGUAAAGAUUCUCUCAUUUGCUAUGUGACCUUUUGUUUCUUCUCUGUUA